AUGCUUUCUCUCGUCGUCGCUGCGGUAGCUCUCGCGGGUACCACCACUGCGUCAGCGGAACUGCCACCAGGUCCUUGGUUGAUGCCCAGAAAUGGUACUUACGAUCCAAGCGUCAUUACUAGUGGGAUCUUGCCAUGCGAAGCUCUUAAGGCUGCUGGUCUCGGAGAUCGACUCCUAUUCGCAACGGACGCCGGAUACGAACCUCAAAUCGAGUCCUGGUACUCCGCGAACGCCCGCAUGAGACCAUACUGUCUUGUUUUACCGCAAAGUACCGACGAAGUAUCUACUGCAUUGACAGCACUAGUUAAUGCCAAUGACGGCGCGGGCGAUUGGCAUGUCGCGAUACGUAGCGGUGGUCAUGGUUGGCCCGGAAGCAAUAACAUUGCCGAUGGUGUGACUAUUGACCUGACCAUGAUGAACUCGAGCAGUUACGAUAAGCAAGCCAACCUCGCUAAGAUCCAACCUGGCGGCCGUUGGGGAAAUGUUUACACAGACCUGUUGAAAGAUGGUGUAACUGCAACCGGCGGUCGUGAUGGCGAUGUAGGUGUUGGUGGAUUCCUCUUAGGAGGCGGCAAUUCGUUCUUUUCCGGACGAAUGGGAUUUGGCUGCGAUUCCGUCGUCAAUUUCGAAGUCGUACUAGCUAACGGCACUAUUGUCAAUGCCAAUAAUACGACUAACUCGGAUCUGUGGCGGGCUCUCAAGGGAGGCGGUAGCAACUUCGGCAUCGUGACGCGAUACGAUAUGGAAGCCAUCCCAGCCAAGGAUAUAUACUACGAACUGCGCUACCUGAGCGGGAAAUACUCGGAUGACGUGGUAGACGCAGUCGUUGGAUUCACCAACCAAGACCAGUCUCUAGCUGAUAACGCUCUCAUAACCUUUUACAGCCACAACACUUCCGUCAGCCCCGAUACCAUCAUCGGCUUGAUCCAUGUCAACACACAGGGCAAUGCGAAUUCAUCGACCGCGUUUGACAAACUGAAGACUCUCCCUAGCUUGGUAAAUGUGUCGACCGUUGAAAGUAUGGCAAAGGCCGCUCUUGGAUCGCAAGUGCCUGGUGAUUCCAACAAUGUUGGAACAACAUUGACAUUUCGCAACGACCCGAAAAUCAUCCGCCGUUGCGUCGAGCUUCACGAAGAAUAUGUGGAGACUCUCAAACGCUCCAUCAACCCAGACAAGUUCAAAACGUUCAUCUUCUUCCAACCACUACCUUCAUACAUGGCUCAGAUAAGUCACCAGAAAGGUGGAAACAUGCUUGGAUUAGACAGCGUUCCGUACAAUGGCAUCCUAUGGAGCACCGGUGUCGCGGUCGACACAAGCGAGGGCGAUGCAGCGCUCGCGAUAGCACAGGUGGAGACCAGCAUAUUCACGGCGCGCGUUAAAGAGGCGACGAGAUCGCUUAACGGAGACAUGGACUUUAUCUACCUCAACUAUGCGGAUGCGAGUCAGGAUGCCCUCGGCAGCUACGGCGCUGCAAACAUCGAGCAUAUGCGAGAUGUGGCGGCUGCUUACGACCCGACUAAAGUCUUCCAGAAGCGCAUCCCGGGAGGAUUCAAGAUUUCGAGGGUCGCGUCGGACUGAGCUCGGACCGUAGAUAUCUCACAGACGGAGAUCUUGUAAUAUUGGAGGAAUUUGUCUCGUUUCGAAGUUGUUGCGUAACUUGCGUUAGAUUACAGCAUAUAUAGGCUUUGGCUUCAUCCUUUUAAUCCGUCUUAUGUUUUCUUAUUUUUCAAAUUUUAUAGAAUAUUG